GGCGCGCAGAUCUGGGAAAGCGUCGUCGAAGGCUCGCUUCGGGAGCGGGCCGCACUCGACGCGCUCGUAAAGAACGGGAAAACUUUGCUCCGCUUCUUUUAGAGGAAGGGAGGAACUCGGUGCGCGUGGCGUGGAAGCGGCAAGUCUCGCAGGGGAAGUGUUAAGACUCGCGCUGCUUCUGCUUCUUGACUGCGUGGUGAAAGAGCGUUGUAUUGCGUUUUUGCAUUACUUUUCGCUUGUCACCAAUGCUCGGUGCCAAGCGGGGAAGACUGACAUUGCCUUAGCUGUCAUUCGGUUGCUGUCAUUCGGUGUUGUGAAUACUGUUUUCAUAGAGUUUGUGUUACUGCGCGGAUUGGAAAGAAGCGAGUGAAGAUGUCUUCGAGAUUCCCAUGAAAGAGAUAUAGAGGGUUCCUUCGAGUCAUCAGGGACCACGAUGAAAAUAUCCCGCAUCUACAGUUUUGAACAUCUUCAACAUCAAGAGAUACGAGAAGUCCCCGAUUUGUAGAAUCAUUAGCCUUUUUAUAGAACUUGGAACCUAGCCCAGUUCAUCUCAUAACUGAUUCUACGAGACAAGCAUACAGGUUAGGAUAGUGCUGCCGUUGGGAUCUUUGUGUGAGGACACGUCUAGCAGUGAACAUGCCUCGUCGAUACGAAGCAAUGCAAUGCCAUAAGAACGAAAGUUAGGCUCACGACCUUGUUACUCAUUCAUGGGCACCCCUUGUCGCUAAUAAUAUAAGCCAAACUGUUAGUAGCCAGAUUUACAAAAGCUACGGCGCCGAAGCAGUGGGGUCAUCAUGGUUAACAGGCUGAUGAGCAGCCUCCCCUUGUUGGACCUGCGGCAGCCGCUCUACAACAAAACGCCGUCGCCACCGUUCACAGAGCUGGCAGUGCCCACAGUCGUGCUCCCAGAUGUCGCUGUCUUCACCGAGUUUCCCGAUGGUGUCGAGAAUUCGACGUCACAUCCGGACUCCAUCAGCGCAGUGGACGGCCUGCCGGAUGCAGCAGACCUGAUCGUGCGCGUCUGCCUUUACGCGGUUAUAUUCGUGUUCGCCGUAGUCGGGAACGUGUUGGUGCUCGUGACUCUGGUGCAGAACAAGCGCAUGCGCACAGUGACGAAUGUCUUCCUCGUCAACCUGGCCGUGAGCGACCUCCUCCUCGGUGUCUUCUGCAUGCCAUUCACCUUGAUCGGAAGUAUCCUGAGAAACUUCGUGUUCGGAGAGCUCAUGUGCAAGUUCAUUCCUUACCUGCAAGCGGUGUCUGUCUCGGUAUCGGUGUGGACGCUGGUGUCGAUCUCGCUGGAGCGUUUCUUCGCCAUCGUGCGGCCUUUGCAGUCCCGGCGCUGGCAGACCGUGUCGCACGCGUACCGCGUCAUCGCCGUAGUCUGGGCGCUCUCGCUCGUCCACGUGGCUCCCAUCGCCGUCCUGAGCCAGCUCAUACCCACGAGGACAGCAGGGCGUCAAAAGUGCCGCGAGCUGUGGCACAGCGACGAAGCAGAGAAGGGCUUCAACCUCUACUUGGACUCGGUGCUCCUGGUAUUGCCUCUGCUCAUCAUGAUAGUGGUGUACGCCAUCAUCACGCGCACGCUGUGCGUCGGCAUACGCCUGGAGAACCGAUCGGUCGCACUAGGCAUCCCGAUGAAGUCGGCCGUGCGCGAAAACGACAACGGGAGCAGCGCCUGCAGCGACUCGGCGACACCUACGGGACGGGAGGAAGCUUCCUUCGCGAUGACCACGGCGUCCACCAACAAAGGUUCGAAGUUCAGUCGCUCAGCCAAUGGCGUCCGCUGCCAGACACUGCUGGUCCGCGGCUGCAACCCCGAGAGAGCGCAGGCGUCCAUGGUGCGCGUCAUCCGCAUGCUGUUUGUGGUCGUGGUUGAGUUCUUCGUCUGCUGGACGCCCCUGUAUGUCGUGCACACGUGGUCCUUGUACGACCCGGACACUGUCUACGACUGGCUCGGUUCGGCGGGCGUCAGCGUCGUGCACCUGCUGGCCUACGCCUCAUCGUGCUCGAACCCCAUCACCUACUGCUUCAUGCACCAGAAGUUCCGCCAGGGUUUCCUGACCGCUGUCGGCUGCCGCCGAGGAAUACGGGGACGCUGUGGCGGCGCGGGGUCCUGCUUUGCUCGCCAGUCGUCGGUCCGCGGCGCCACCUACGCAUCCGGCACCACGCUCGUCUACCAGGACACAAAAAAUAAAGUCCCGAAUGGCCGUGGUGCGGACUUCGUUUGAGUGCACAACGACUUUUGCCUGGACUUUUGCAAUGAGAGGAGACAUCAACUUGCUGAUGACAGUACGUGGUCUGGAGUGACAAACGACAUAUGUAACUCGUCCCGCGUUUGCAGCAGAAUUUCUGUCGUGUAAAGCGUGGGCUGUGAUGUGGCUCAACGUGUUAUCCGCAUUCAUCUACAACACUGUGUGGUGGGGGGACACGCUAUAAGGCCUGUUCGCUCGCACUUAUCGCUAAUGGUAUUCUGUGAUAUACUCUUUUCUGUGAGAUAGGUGAUGUAUUCGAUUCUCACCAUGCUCAGUAGAUGUUGUACUGUGUACUCAGUUCUUGAUAAAUAAAUGUAUCUGCGGCUGAA